UUUUUAAUAAUAACCUUAGCAAUGGUUGACCUGCCGCGCCUGACCACAAGACAGGCAUCAAAAGAUUUUGUCUUAGUACAAAGAGAUCUAAAAGGCGAUGCAGGUCUACAAUCAUCUGUGUAGUAGUUAGAGGUGCAUUACGAUAAGCUAUGUCGUCUUCUUGCACAAUAACCUACGAUGUAUUCAUCAGCUUCAGAGGUGAGGACACCCGCGAAACAUUCACUGUCCAUCUGUAUAGCGCUUUGAAAAACAUGACAAUCCGGGCAUACAUGGAUUGUCUUCUCCAGAGAGGAGACGAAGUCUGGCCGGCACUCGAGAAAGCCAUCGAGAGCUCGCUAAUAUCGAUCGUGGUUUUCUCAGAAAACUACGCAACCUCAAAGUGGUGCUUGGAAGAGCUCGUCAAGAUUCUUCAAUGGAGGGAAGAUCACAGUCAGGUUGUCAUACCAGUGUUCUAUAGAAUAGAUCCGUCACAUAUACGGCACCAAAGUGGGAGUUUUGAGAAGGCGUUUGCUAAAUACGAAAGAGAUCUUGCAGAGAGUGAAUCCAACAGAGACAAGAUAAGCAACUGGAGAGAAGCUCUCAAGAAAUCAGCUAAUAUUUCUGGAUGGCACUCCAGAAACUAUGCGGACGAUCAUGAGCUCAUCAAAAAGGUUGUGGAUGAUGUACGGAAAAUGCGUAAUCUAAAGCAACCCAUUGUACCAACAGGCCUGGUUGGAAUUGAAGAAACCCGUAAAAAUGUUGACUUCUACAUUCAGCAACACCGAGUAAUUGGAAUUUGGGGUAUGGUUGGAAUAGGGAAGACAACCAUUGCUCAAAUGUUAUAUGCAGAAUCCUUUCCUCAUUAUGACCAUGCUUGCUAUGCGGAAAAUGCGAAAGAAUAUCCGCUUCAAAGGCUUCUUUCAGUGCUAUUGAAGGAAGAAAUUUCCACUGAUGUAAGCGGAUUCAUGAAAAUUAUUAGCAGCCUUAGCAACAAGAAAGUUCUCAUUAUCCUCGACAAUGUGAAUGAUUUUGAUCAACCAUUGUUAGAAGCAGUGUGUGAAGGGUACAAGAACCAUAGUAGAGAAAGUAAACUUAUUAUAACAACAAGACAUAAGCAUUUGCUUGAAAACAGAGUUGAUUGGAUAUUUGAAGUUCAACAAUGGAACGAUUCAAAAUCUAGAGAGCUUCUUAGCCUGAAAGCAUUUGAGGAAAGCAUCCCUCCAAAACCUUACGAGAGUCUGGUAAAUAAGGUUGUUAGGUAUGCUGGGGGAAUUCCAUUAGCUCUGAACCUUUUGGGUUCAUAUCUUCGAUCCAAAAGCAUUCAGUUCUGGGAAAGUACUUUAGAAAAGCUCGAGAAGCAUCCAGAUCAGCGCAUUCAUACUGCCUUUAGAAAGAUUUAUGAUGAAUUGGAAGACCUAGACAAGGAGAUAUUUCUUGACAUUGCAUUCUUUUUCCAUGGAGAAAAGAUAGAUCUUGUCACAAGCAUAUUAAAAGCCUGUGAUUUAUCACCAAUAAGAGGAAUAGAGGUCCUUCAAGAUAAAGCAUUGAUUACUACUAUUCCGUAUGAAAAAACAAUCGAAAUGCAUGGCUUGCUAAGACAAAUGGCUUACGAGAUCGUACGCAAGGAAGAGAAAGACCCUAGAAAACGUAGCCGACUGAGGGAUACUGAAGAAAUUCGUGUUGUACUCAAAGAUAACAAGGAGAGUCUUGAUGCAGUUGAAGGCAUAAUAUUAGAUUUGUCUAAAAUUAAAGACUUGAGUUUGAGUCCUGGCACAUUCGAAAGGAUGAAUAGCUUGAGAUUUCUAAAAUUAUAUAUCCCCUCGGGUCAGAGUUCUGGUAAGAUGAUCCUUCCUACACACCUUGAACCGUUUUCUGGUAAAUUAAGGUACUUUGAGUGGCAUCAGUACCCUUUCAACACUCUUCCACCAAGAUUUUGUCCUGAGUUACUUGUUGAGAUUCACAUGCCACACAGCCGUGUCAAGAAACUUUGGAACGAGAAGCAGGAACUCUAUAAUUUAAAAGGGAUUGACUUAAGUGAAUGCAGAGAGUUAGAAGAGCUUCCAGAUUUGUCUGAGGCUAAAAGUCUCAAAUGGGUGAAUCUCUCUGGCUGCGAGACUUUGCCUACUCUUAAUUCAUCUGUAUUUUCCUCCAACGAACUUGUUUCUUUGAUACUGGAUAGGUGCACAAAUUUGCAGUGUGUUAAGGCCAAAAGGCAUCUGAAGUCUCUGCAGCACAUAAGUGUCAAAGGCUGCUCAAAUCUCAAUGAAUUUGCAGUAUCAUCAGAUUUAAUUGAAAACUUGGAUUUGAGUAACACAAAGGUUGAAAAGCUGGACGAAUCAAUUGGGCAGCUACAGAAGCUCAAAUGCCUCAAUCUAGAAGGUUCAAGAGUUGAGCGUCUUCCAAAGCAGUUAUCAACUCUAAAAUCCCUUAAGGAGUUGAGGCAUUCAUACAGUGAACUAGUAAUUGACAAGCAUCAGUUGCAAGAACUGUUUAACGGCUUAUCAUCUCUACAAAUACUACAUUUGAAGGAUUGUAAUCACUUACUUGAAUUCCCUGACAACAUUGAUGCCUUAUCGAAAUUGCGUGAGUUAAGGCUAGAUGGAAGCAAUGUGACCAGGUUGCCUGCAACUAUCAAGCGUCUUCAAGAGUUGGAAAUUUUGUCCCUAAAGAAUUGCAAGUUUCUUGAGACACUUCCUGAGCUUCCAUCCUCUGUGAAGGAGUUCUCUGCCGAUAACUGCAUCUCAUUGGAGUCUGUAUCAGCUCUAAACACUCUGGCAACAAAGAUGGUGGGAAAGACGAAACGCAUCUCCUUCAAUAAUAGCUUGAAAUUGUCGGCCGGACACACAUUGCAUUCGAUCAUGGAAAGCAUCCAUUCAACAAUGGUGAGUGCUGUAUCUAGCAAUGUCACGGUAAGAAGCUAUGCAACCGAUGUCCAUAGCUACAACUACAAUAGUGUGGAGGUCUGUUUGCCAGGAGACACAAUCCCGGAGCAAUUUGCAUAUAAAACGGAGAAAUCCUCCUCCAUAACAAUUGAACUCCCUGACUCUCCUUCCAACUUUCUUGGCUUUAUCUAUUCAGUGGUUCUUUCACCGCCUCAUGGAAUGAAGAUGCACGGUGCCAAAAUCCGAUGCGAAUACAACUUUGCAGGAGGCAAGAAUUCUUCGUGGGAGGACAUAACCAUAAGUGAAUUGAACUCGGAUAUUGUAUAUAUAUGGUAUGAUCCAUUCCUCACUGACAAAAUUCUUGGACAAUAUGGGACAAGUUUUCAUCUUGAGUUCAGUGUUGCAACGGACACCGGGGAAGCUGAUGAUUCCAUCACUAUUAAAGAAUGUGGUGUUCAAAUCAUAAAUGAAUCUGAAUUGCAAAGAUUUUUGCUGGAAUUAGAUCAGAAGAAAAAGGACUUGGAGGAGGAAUCAUCAAAGCAGCAGUUACAUGCACCACAUGGAUAUCAAAAUCACAGUGACAGCCAUGUCCAGACACCACCUCAAUACUUGAAGAAAGAAAGACUUGAUGAGAAGCAGAGCAAUGUACUGGGUGCAGAAGCGAAGAUGAAAUUUGCUCCCAAUGAAAACAAUACUAGUGGUGGAGAAAGCCAUGAGGAGAACAACAUAGUCAAAGGCGAAGGAAAUGAAGAAACACCAACUGAAUCUGAAGCUGGAUCCCCUCUAUCUAUUGAUUCAGUAAAUAAAAAUGUGUCCAAGGACAUUUCAAUUGAAAAUUAUUAUGAUCAGCCAAAUGGUAUGGAAGAGGUCAAAGAUUUGAAAGAAAAACUACAAGAAGUUCAUCAUAACAUGCGUGGUAUGACUGCUGAUGAACCAUACAAAGAAAAGCAAAAGGAAGCAAAUGCAGAACAAACGAAAAAUCUUGGGCAACAAAACAUAGAUGCUAAGAAACUGCAAGAGCUACACAAAGAAGAAAUGAUUGAGCAUGCUCAACCCAUUAAUUCCAGUAUACCUUCGCACGGCGUGAUCAUGGCUCCUAAGUUGCCUCUGAAAGAACUCCGCCGUCACUUGAAGGCAAAGGUUGAAGCCAACCCUGAAAGAGUAACCCCAGCUACAAAUUUAGCUAUGGUAACUUCUCUUUCUUCCCGUUCAAAGAUUAAAGGCAAAAGAGCAGAAGAUAUCCGUUUGAACCAGGUUCCAACUGAAAAUGCUUCUACUUCUAUUGCACAAAAUCAUGAUAAAAUUACCAUUCCCUCCUUGGAUGAUCCUCAAGUUGCUCUGGAGUUGCUAAAAAACUUCGAUGCAUCGGCGAAACGCCUCCAAAUAACAGAGUUUGUGGACAAUCAUGUUCUGUAUCCAUAUGAUCAUUCCAUAACAAAAGACCUUGAUGUUUCGGCACUUUGUCGUUGGCUUCAAGUUCAAGGGCUUCGCUCAGUGAGCGUUGCGAGAUAUGCAGAGAUGAAGUUCGAAGCGGCCAAACGGGAAAGAGAGGAAGAGUUAAGAGUUGCAAGAGAAGAAAAUGCAAAGUUUGAAGAAGCAUUGAAAAGAAUGGAGGAGAGGGUUUCACAUGUUGAAUCGUUGGAGAAAAGAGUUGAGGAUUUGAAUUCUGAGGUGGCUUCUUGGAGAAGUAAAUAUGAGGAAACUGAAAAGUCGCUGAAAGAAACGGAAAAGAAACUUGAAGAUGAGAAAGAAGUAGGAGCUGAGAGAGAAUCUUAUUGGAAAAGAAGAGAGAGUGAGCUGAUUACGGAGGCGGCAAUUCAGUUGGUUUGGUCGUUUGAAAAUUGCAGGUCGCAGGUUUCCAUUUUGUACCCUAACAUUGAUUUAAGUAGGCUUGGACCUUUCAAGGAGAUUCAAAAUGGGCAGAUAGUAUCCCCCUCUGAUACGGAGGAGACUGAAAGUGAAGAAGACACCAGCAACUUUGACAAUGGUGGUCAUGACGAUGCCCGUGGCGAGUAAAUUAUUUUUGUGAUCCCAAGAUUUAAAUUUUGACAGUGCCAGUCUUGGGAGGAUUUUUUUUUUUAAAAUUAGGAGUGAGAUUAGAGUUCCAAAUUUUUAGGUGAAGAUAAGUACACCACGCCAUUGAAUUACAGCUUGUUAGCAUCUUGGAGGAACUAAUUACGCACUCUUCAAUUACUAAUAAACAUUCUAUUUAUAUUAUGGUGGAAACUCACCUGCACUCGACUGACUGCAGUGAGGUUGCU